AAAACGUUUCCGCCUAAAUAGUAAUAUAUAACAGAGUAAGUUGUGCAAUAAUUCACAUUACAUUGGAGAAUGUAAAAAUACAUAUUUAUCGUAGAGCGUAACUAAAUUUUAUAUUACCCUCAGACUACUUUACUACAAUGAGACGGUUUAUUCUUCUCGCCUUUAUUAGCAUACUCUUAAUGAAGAAUGUCACACCUUCGAAAAACCGAAAAUAUUCUUCAAAUCUGGCAUGGUUGUUUGGCUUGAACAACAAACCAAAUGAAAAUAAAGAAGAAAAUAAAGAAGAAAGUAAGGAUAAAAAUGAACCUAUCGUAUGCCAAACUCAAGAGUGCAAAAAAAUAGCACGGAUAAUGUCGGAAAACAUGGAUAAAUCGGUAGAUCCGUGCGAUGAUUUCUAUGAAUACGCAUGUGGAAAAUGGCCAGAGCAUAAUCCUAUUCCGGAAGGAAUGGAUUCUUGGAACAUGUUCUAUAGUUCACAAGUAAAAGUUAUAAAUCAAAUAAAAGAAAUUUUUGAUGAGGGACCAAAGGAUGACGAUCUUUUGGCGAUUAAGCUUGCGAAAAAAUGGUAUACGGUUUGCAUAGAUACAGAUACAAUGGACAGGCGAGGUCUCGAACCUGUUGUCUUUACUCUAUCGCGAAUAGGUGGUUGGCCAAUGAUAAUGGAACCGGAUGAAUGGAACGAGCAAGAGUAUAGCUGGCAAAAAGUGGAUGAUCAAUAUAUGCGCUUAACAGGAAGAAAUGCUUUUCACGACGUGGACGUGACAUAUUAUAGUUGGAACGAUUCACGGAAAAUAGUACAUAUUGAUACUCCACAUUUACCUCCGAAAACACUUAAACUCUGGGUCGAUGAUGACGAAGAAGAAGAAAAACAAGAUAAAAGCGAGGAUCCUAGCAACGAAGAGAACCAAAGUGACGAAAAUGAUAGUCAAGAACCUGGAAGCGAAGGCGAAGAUCACGACGAAAGCGGUAAUAAUAGUAACGAUGUUAAUAAUGAUGCUAAAAACGACGACGACGAUGACAUUGAUAGUGAUGAUAAUGACGAUGAUGAUGAUGAUGAUGAUGAUCACGAUGAAAAGAGUGAUGAUGAUAAUAACGAUAACGAUAACGAUAGAAACAAACAGGAUGAUGAUAAAAACGCAAAGAAAGUUGGUAUGAAAAAAUCUUAUAAGUUCGCAAAAAAUAAAAAAGUGGGACAUGGUAGAAAAAUAAAGAGUAAUACUCAUUCCAAAAAGAAUGAGAAUCAUAAACUGAAUCAUAAAAAAGAAAGGAUAAAAAGACGAGCAAUGCCAACACAUGUUCACGAGAAAUUACAUGCGCGGAAGAACAAAAAGCAUCGCGUAAAGCAAGCACGUGUAGAGGUGACAACACCGAAGAUUACUACAGAAGUACCGAUUGAUGAAGAUAAUUACAUAAAACAAUAUGCUAAUUACAUCUCAAAAGUAGGUCGUGCCUUAGCUAAAACAAGAGGCGUUAAAGUUUCGGAGGAACAUAUGAAUAAAGAUAUCGAAGACAUGAUUAAAUUUCAAACAAAACUGUACGAAAUUACUUUAGAUGACAGCGAUGAUGAAGAGAUGACGCUCAACGAUUUCCAGGAAUGGUAUAAUAAAAAAAAACCUAAAACUGUCAACAGUGCGAUUGAUUGGGUGUACAAAAUUGGAGAAUUGUUUGACGAGGCCCAUGUGACAAUAAAGAACGAUUUAGAUGACUUAGAUUUGGAAAUUGGUUCAAUAGGGUACUUUGAAAAUCUUGUUGCUUUAUUGGACGAGACGUCAAGUCGUACAAUUGUAAACUAUAUACAUUGGAAUUUCUUGAGUAAACUAAUAAGAACUACUAUAAGUGAAAUGAGAGAAUUAUAUUACGCAUGGGAAGGAAAAGAAAAUACUAAUGAUGCAAAAAUUAUGGGAAUUCUUGUAAAAUCGUUUAGAUGUGCAAAGGAAAUAGAGAUGCAUGAUAUUCUAGCAUAUGAAUAUGUGAGAAAUUAUUUCUCUGAUGAAAUCCUAACAACCGCAUCCGAUAUGAUAGAUGAUAUACAAAAGGAAGUCGAAUAUCAAAUUAAAAAGUCGGAAUGGAUGGAUGAGGAUACUAAAGAUUUUGUUUUAGCGAAAUUAGUAAAUAUGGAGAAAUUUAUUGGAUAUCCAGACUGGUAUAAAAAUAAUACUGUCGUCAAGCGAUAUUUUCAAGGACUUAUUGUCGGCAAUUCAUAUUAUGAAAAUACACUCAGUUAUGAAAGAUACAGUAAAUGGAAAGGAUUGCGAAGAUUGAUGCAAAACGAUGAAGAUGAAGAUGAUGAAUUAAUGACGAUAAGUCCUGUAAUGGUAAAUGCCUUUUUCGCGCCAGAUUUAAAUUCCAUAGCUCUCUCAGCGGCAGAUUUUCAGAGUCCUUUAUUCGCUUAUGGUCGACCACAAGCAAUUAAUUAUGGUAUUGUUGGAACAAUUAUGGGUCAUGAAGUUAAUCAUGGAUUUGAUAACGAUGGAUAUAGAUUUGAUAAGAAUGGACAUGUCGUAGAAUGGUUAUCCGCAAUGGCCAGAGCGUAUAGCAAAAGGGCAGAAUGUUUUGUAGAUCAAUUUAAUAAUUAUUCCAUUCUUAAAAAUUCGAAUUAUACAAUAAAAGACUAUGGCAAUCAAACGGCGGGAGAGAAUAUCGCGGACACAAUGGGACUAGAGGCAGCAUUUAGAGCGUAUCGAAGAAGAGAAAGGGAAUGCGGAAACACGAAUACUGUAUUACCGGGUCAUGAACAGCUCUCUAAUGAUCAACUUUUCUUUUUAUCUUUUGCUAAUUUGUGGUGUGAAACUGAAACAAAUACAGCAGAGGCCAAGUAUGAUCCACAUAGCGUUGGGAGGUUGAGAGUGAUAGGAACCCUUUCAAAUGCAGAAGAUUUCGCUAUAGCUUACAAUUGUCCGACCGGUAGUGUUAUGAAUCCUGAAAAAAAAUGCCAUAUCUGGAAGUGAAUGAUUUAUACAAGUAUUAAAAAUUAAAUUUGCUGAUGUUUGAAAAUGUAAACUAAUUGACAAAAGUUCUUUAUUCACAUAUAUUAAUAAAUAAAAUAAAGCAUGCCAUAAAUAAA